AUGUCUCAGGAUUCAAAUCCCUUAGAGAUGACUCAAAGGUUGGAAGCGGUAGGGGUAACGAAUGCAGACAAGAAAUAUGAGUGGGAUGAUGGACUCGACCAUGACGAUGUGACAAAGAUAUAUGUGGGAGGUGGUAGUAACGGCAUACAGUUCAUCAAGUUUGAAUAUGUCAAGACUGGAAAAGUGAAAAGAUCAUUUCAUGGUUACUCGGUUGCAGGUUUCACGCAGAUGUUUGAGAUUGACCAUAAAAAAAAUGAACAUCUUGAAUCUGUUGAGGGUUACUUAGAUUCAUACGGGAUUCAAGCACUUCGGUUCAAAACCAACUUGAGGAUCUCUGAGAUGAUCGGGUAUGAAACUGGUGAGAAGUUUACACGAGCAGUCGAUGGGAAAAAAAUCAUUGGGUUUCACGGAUCUGCUAAGAUUCACCUCGAAUCUCUUGGAGCAUAUUUCACAGAGAUUCUUCCUACGAGAUUGGAACCGAAAGGGGGCAAGGGAGGCAUUGAGUGGGAUGAUGGAGCUGAUUAUGUGGGUGUAACAAAGAUUCGUGCACGUGCUAGUGGAAAAGGCAUACAUAACAUCAGUUUCGAUUAUAUUAACAAGGAUGGACAUAUUUUUAAAGGGCCAGACCAUGGUUCUGAUACAGGUUACAGACUCGAGCCGUUUGAGAUUAACCAUCUCGACAAGGAAUACCUUUUAUCUGUGGAUGGUUGGUACUGCGAGACUUCCGGUGUGAUUGGAACACUUCAGUUCAAAACAAACAUGAAGACCUCGAAACUGAUGGGAAACGAGGAAACGGGUACAAAGUUUUCACUUGGGUGCAACGGCAUGAAGAUCAUAGGGUUUCAUGGGUAUGCUAAGGAGAACCUAAACUCGCUCGGAGCUUCUUUCACAACGCUUCCACUUACAAAAUUGGAACACGUGGGUAUUGCUAAAAGACCCCAUUGGGAUGAUGGUGCUUUCCAAGGAGUAAGGAAGGUGUCCUUUUGUUAUGAUCACUUAAUAAGGUGUAUUAGCUUCGAGUACGAUAACGACGGCAACGUGGAAGCCCGUCAGCACGGGUCGAACGUUGAAUCCAAUGCACAAGAGGCAGAGUUUGAAGUGGACUAUCCAAAUGAAUAUGUCACGUCCAUAGAGGGGAAACUACACAAGUAUAAUAACUAUGAUACGCUUAUUGCAACGUUGACUAUCAAAACAUCAACAGGGAGGUCCUCUAAGAUACUGGGAAAUGCGGUUGGGGACAAUCUUGUUGAUUUCGUGCUGGAGAGCAAAGGUUGUGCUCUUGUUGGGUUCUAUGGAUCGGGUCAGUUUUCUAAUCAAUAUUCUCUUGGUGCAUAUUCUCGUCCAAUGCCUUCUCUUCUAAAUGCGGAGAAACUAGAAGCAGAAGGCGGUGAUGAAGAAGCUUCCUCAAACAAUGGUGGUGUCGAUGGUGGUUGA